CGCAACUGCACGACAAAACAACCUAAUUCAUGCUCAUUUUGGCUGACCCGAGACGCUUCAGGGUGAAAAGCAGAAUUCAGGGCGGUAGGUAUUUGAUAAAUUCGACGCUGUUGAUUAUUGUGAACCUUAUCUUUUCUGAUUGAGAAGCAUGCGUUUUGAUUACUGGUUAGAGGUGGGUAAUUGAGAGAGGGCGAUGGAGGUAGAGGUGGAUGAUAAGGUCGGUGGGUUCCGGUUAGGAUCUCCGGCGUCUUUGCCGGUACUUCUACCUGAUGAUCUGGUGGUUGAACUCCUGUUACGGCUCCCGAUCAAAAAAGUUCACCAGUGCAAUUGCGUGUCGAAGGGUUGGCAGUCCUUGAUUAAGAGUCCGGAGUUCGUCGUGGCAUACAAACACCGUCAUCCCGACGUCGGCUUAUUAGUUGCCGUUCCCGGAGGUCCGGAUCAAGGCGGAACCUACACAGCCCACUUCUAUUACUCGACUCUAGUUUAUUACCGACCGGAACGAUUUGUUUUACGAUUUCAGCUGCCUUGGCCUCGUUACAACUGCGAUAGAUUUACGGAAGUCAUCCAUGGCCUGGUUUGUUUCUAUAAUCGGGAUAGUUUAUUCGUUUGCAACAUUUUCACUAAAGAAGUCAAGCCACUUCCUUAUUGUAAUAAUGCCAUCAAAUAUUUCUUUGGAUAUGAUGCUGUUAAUGGUGUGUAUAAGCUACUUUGUUUCAAUCUUCACUCCGCCCAAGUUCUCACAUUAGGCAUUGGUAGUGAUUAUGUUUGGAAAAUGGUCGAUGACUUUGAUUUUCCCCGUAAAGGAACCUUCUUGAGAGCAAAAUUGAUGCCGGAGGCUCGGAGCUUUUGUUUUGAUGGUGUCAUGUAUUGGUUAGUUGUCAAGGGAAUAUCUCGCUGGAAGUCCCGGUGUUUCUUAGUUUCUUUUGAUCUGAACGAAAAGAAUUUCCGGUACAUCAAGGUACCGCCGGGGUCGACAUCACAACAUUUGCAUUCCCAGUGUUUUGUCACAUUCAGGGGAAAGUUGGCUUUGUCAACUCCUACACGUAUGGGAGGGUACAAGCUUUCCCUUAAUGUAUUGGAGGAUGCUGAAAAUCAUGUAUGGACCAAGCAUUCUGUUCCACUGCCAGAGGAAUUAGAUGAUAAAUGCGCUUCGUGUAGGAUUAUCAUUCCUGUAGGGAACUUACCUGAUGGGCGUAUGUUAUUGGUCAAUCCACAAAUUAAAGAGGAGUUCGCCACAGCUAUUUAUUCUUAUGAUCAUCAAAGCUGUAAGUUUGAGAGAUUUCGUGUUGGUAAGUUCCCUUUCAUUGAUUUGGUGGAUGUAUCAGAAUCUUCUGCUAAUAUAUCCUGCGCACCAGAAAAUUUGGCUGCACUCGAUGUAUUAUUUAGUGGAGCUAAACCAAUCUAAGAAUUAUGUUGGAUACUCACACUGAAAAUCAGCAGCAGAACAGUUCAGUUACACAUGGAUGGAUACAGCUCCACAGCUGCUACCUUAUAGUUGGAAUGGGAUGUGAGCUGGCUGACUAGGUCAUCAAUGUCUGUGUAACAGUCCAUAUGUUUUAUGACAUAAUACAUAUGAUACUUUUUAAAUCUUUCGUUGGAGCCGCUGAGCCUUGCUGCAAGUUUUGAUUUUUAAGUCUUAUUCUUUCACCAAGUACAAAUGAUAUAUAACUAUUUGCUAAACAAUCUCAUUCUUCAACUCCCACUCUGGCAUCAAGUUUCGGUGAUUGAUUAAGGAGCAUUAACAGUUCUCUAAGUGCAUCCACCAAUAUGCCUGGGGUGGCGCAAAUCUAAGCCCCACGAAGCUGAUACAAAGUUGCAGCUAAUGUUUUCAUUUUAGAAAUUUUAUUGUAGAUUUUGGGGCUAGCUGUUGUUCAUUCUUAAAGUUAUUGGCAAGCUGACCUUGCUGCAUAUAGGGAAGGCUACCACUAGUCUUCUUUUUGUCUGCACAACUGUAGCUACUUCUGUUAGGGCAAUAGAUAUGCUUGGUGCAUCAAUUAGAAUUGAUCUGUUAUAUGAAGAUUUUGAACUCAUUAUUGGAAAGUUGCUAAUUAGUGUUUAACGUUGAGUCAAGUGGAAAUGGAUAAAAAAGAUGUUAGUUUCGGAGGCAAAUGCUUUGUUUGGUAAGUUAUGAAGACCUUCAAUACUCAGGGGAUUAACAAUUGUUUAUUGACCUUGAUUAGGAGAAGGAGUAUCAAUCGUGUCCAUUUCCACCAUAAAAUAUUGAAUGCUGGGCUCAUUGGCCUAAUCCUCAUUUUUUGAAAAGUCUAUCAAUCAGAACUCAGAAGUCAGAACAGGCAAGAUGAAGAAAAUUGUUCCUCAACUCAAAUUAAUUAACACGUGUACUGUUACUUAGUCUGAUUCCCAUUUAAUUUAAUGGAGCAUUUGGUUAAUUAAUUUGCAGUUGGAACUAACUACCAGAAUAGGUUUAAAAAAAAAAGAUACCAUCGCCAUUAUUGUUCGCGUACAAGAAGCACCGUGGAUGAGUGGAGUACAUAGAUUUUGCACGGAAUCAAUACAACAAAAUUCUCAGGUAAACGUUUGAUUGCCGGAAAAAGAAAAAAAAAAGAAAAAGAAGUAAAUCUAAAUAGAAUCGCAAGUGAAAACUUGGGAGGGCAACCGCCAAGCUUCGAGUUUGGAGAAACAGAAGUCAUCGACGGCGUCACUCCUGCACCACCUGCAUCUGGAGCUGGAAACGCAUUCGGAUCUGGACCCAAUAGAGGUGCACCCAGCUGCUGCUGUGAUUGUGAGGGUGGGAUUCCGGUGGUUCCUCCCUAUGGCUCUGGACCGGCGAAGUGAAGGUCUUGUGGUGGUGGUGGUGGAGGACGAUGUCGUAUCGGCGGCGGCGGCGGGCAUCGGGAUUAGUAUUAUUAGUAGAAGGAGGAGGAGAAUGAGAACAAUGAAAAAGGAAUUGUGCAAGUGGUGGUACUUGGUGGAUUCAGGCAUGUUUUUGUUUGUGUGGGAGUUUGUGUUAUUUGUCAGUCUGGGUUUUUGCAGGUUUUUCUUUAUUUUUGGGGGAAAGAGAUGAAAUUGAUUAGAGUGGCAGAAAUGGUAACUAAUUGAUAAGACCGUCC